AGAGAAGGAAAGACAAGGAAAGCAUUCUGAGGAGACACGAUCUUAUCAGCCAUCACCGAAGUGAGAUCUGUGUUGACCACCCUUCAUGAUGCCAUACAUGGACAGAAACAACUUUGACUGACUGGCCAGUCCAUCGGUCUUAUUAAAGUAAAAGCACUCUUACUCUGGGACUUACCGCCCAGCAGAUCCUCUAUUCAGCUAACUGCAGGAAAGGUCCUCACCGGCCUUUUUCGCACACUACCCCCUCUUGGGGGCUUCCCGGGGAAAAAGUGCGAGCUUGUAAGAGAUCAGUGAAAGCACUUGUAUGCGACGGCUCCGCUUGCUGUGCACGGUGCUGCUGGUGAGCUGUCCGUGUAUCCUCCUGUUGUGGAUCUCCACUCACGGCGGACUCAGAAGCUACAUCAUCCGCCCCAUCGACACAGGAGAUCAUAAGGAGCCAGACAGACCAGGUAAGGUACUCGCACAAACAGGGACAAACAAACAACGCACCGCCAUGGUACCCACUGCUUUUAUGUGUUCUUGUGUUGCAGAUCUGCUCGCGCAAGAUGCCCUUCACUUCAGAGGAAUGGAGGCUGCCGCUGGCGGCCUCUGUCGCAUCAAGCUUCGCUUCCGAUUUCAGCACGUGCAAGGCUAUGUACUGGUGUCCAUCAUCGAUCCCAACACGACGCACAUCGAGUUCGGCAAGGGCAGCUCUGGGCCGUCGGUCGAGGCGCCAAUCGAAGCCAGCCCGAUGCUAUUCGAGCGCAACUUCACUGCCUCACUCAUUCACAAGAACGACUGCGCCGUCAGCAGCACGGACAGGUCCAUACAGGGAGGGGGCAUCAGAGUGCGGGAGAGCGGUGGAUGUCUGGAGGUCCAUCGAUUUGGCAAGAGGGUCACCGAGCUAUGUGCAGACGGCUGGGCAGCAGCAGCGACGGAGAAGGGCGGGCUCACAGGUGUCAGGGUGGAUGCCGGCGCCUUCAGCCACGCGUAUGGUGUGGGGCAGCAGCUUAUGCGAGCAGGGAAGGCUGACGGCGACUGGGUCAAAUGGGGCCGAUUCGGGUCUGCCGAUGAGUUUGGCAAUGAGAUGAGGAACAACCCUGGCACAGACGGAGAUACCACGCGAGAGACGACUGGUGAGUGAGGGGAUGAUUGAGGGGAGGGAAGAGUGUGCUGUGGGUGCAUUGAGGCUGUGUUAUGUUGUGUGGUGGUUGAGGUGUGUAGGCAAAGGGGGAAUGCUGCAAUUCCCAUUCCUCUUGGCUCUGCCCAAACCCGGGCACAAGUCUUUCCUCGGCCUUCUACUCGACAACACUUACAAACAGUAAGCACAUGCACAACGCGCCGGCACACGGUCCAACUCGUGUGUUGAUCAAUCAGAUCAUGGGAUUUCUCAUCGCCAGAUUGGUGGACAAUCGCCACCCCCAACACGCCAGUGCACGUGCCGCAUCGUUUGUUCGUCAUAGUGGCUGAGCAACCCCUGGAUGUGCGGUCGCGCUUCAUGCGGCUGGUCGGCACACCGCCCGUCCCGCCCAGGAAGGCAUUUGGACUGGUGAGUGAACAUGAGAUAGACGAGGGAUCUCAAGUAUGCACAUGUGUGUGUGUGUUGUGUCGUGUGUCAGUGGAUGAGUGAGUAUGGAUUUGAGUCGUGGGAAGAGGCCGAUGCGGUGGUCAAGAGCGUCCGCGACGCUCACAUGCCCAUCGACGGCAUCGUUCUCGGUAGGCCGGCAGCCCACACGACCGGCACACACGAGGCCGUCCGCAUAUGUGUCUGUCCACGUGUAUCAAUCAGAUCUUUCUUGGUUCGGGGGCAUCCGCUCGGGGAGCCCCCAAUCGUCCAUCGGCGCACUCGACUGGGACACACAGCGAUUCCCGGAGCCUCGAGAACACAUCGAGGCAUAUCGCCGAGACGAUUUGGGUGUCAUUGCGAUUGAGGAGUCUUACGUGUCUGCGGGCACCCUCACCUACCGGCAGAUGAGGGAACAGGGGUACCUUGCUGUCAACUGCAGCGACCGACACACGCCGAUCUCACUGAGCGAGUGAGCAAUCAUGGAUAUGCAUGGGGGAAAUCCAUAAGUGUUUGGACGUUCCUGUCUCUCUGUGUGUGUGUGUGUGUGUGUAAGGUGGUGGGGUGAGGGCUCGAUGAUAGAUUGGACAAACGAGAAAGCGGCGAGGUGGGUGCAUGACAACAGGCGAUUCCCCAACAUCAUCAGAAACGGCGUUCUUGGCCACUGGACGGACCUCGGCGAGCCCUCCAACUACGACAGAAUCGCCUGCUACCACGGGGGAAAGCGACACGCAGACGUUCACAACCUGUAAGCACUCCGACAACCAUCCAUCCCUCUCUCUCUCUCUAUUGUGUCUCUGUCUUUGUGUGUGUGCAUCACAUAGGUACAACUUCCUAUGGCUGCAGAGUAUCUAUGAAGGCUAUGUGCGCGACCACCGUGACAACAGGACCAGAACCGUCCAGCGGCCCUUCAUGCUCUCCCGUGCAGGCACCCUCGGCAUCCACCGGUUCGGUGCGGCCAUGUGGAGCGGCGACAUCGCCAGCAGGCUCGACGCGCUCGCCAUGCACAUGCAGGCACAAGCAAACAUGGUACGGAUGAAUGGAUGGAUGGAUGGAUGGUAGACCGCAUGGCAAACACACCCGCCGUUUUUCGGCCAUUUUCUGUGUGUGCAGGUGACAGUGGGUAUCGACUAUUACGGCACUGACACAGGCGGCUUCAAGCGAUGGUUUCUCCCGAACGACACGGCAACCGUUAAAGACGCCCGGCCGUCUGAGGAUGAGAUGUUUUCCAAGUGGCUGGCGGCGAGUGUGUGGUUUGACAUCCCCCUGCGUGUGCACACGAGCAACAUACGGCAGAACAAGUGUCCCAGUGGCCACAGCAGAAGGGGCUGCACGUACCGGAUUUCGCCUGCAGAGAUUGGAUGGAUCGACAGCAACAGGUAACAAUGAGAUGGACACAUGUCUGUCUGUCUGUCUGUCUGUUCGUGCAUUUGUGUGUGUGUGUGGUUAGGUUCAACAUCCGCCAGAGGUAUGAGCUGGUACCGUACUUCUACGCCCUUGCUCACCGGGCCUUUCAGCACGGCCUGCCCGUCAUCGCGCCACUCUGGUAACUGGAUGCGUUGGUUGACUGAAUGACCUCCAUGCGUGUGUGUUGGUGCACAGGUAUUACUUCCCAGCUGACAUGACGGUGCGCCUCAUGGCUGGCAGCCAAAAGAUGGUCGGCCCCGACAUCAUGGUGGCCUUCGCCGCCCGGCACGGCCAGACACACACCGACGUCUACCUCCCUGACCUCCCUCAAGCCGACUCGCACUGGCACAGCUACCACCACCCACACACGCCCUUUGCCGGCGGCCAGUGGCUGCGAAACGUCUCCCUGUUCCGUGCUGGAGAUGGCGUGUACACCCUCCCUGCCUACGUGAGGAGCGGGGCGAUUCUUCCCAUGACGCUGGACCAACAGCAGGGAGGUGUGGGUGAGGGUGGGAGUGUGUCGCUGAGGGUGUUCGCCAGUCGAGAGGGAUCGGAAUUCGAGAUGGUGGUGGCGGAUGAUGGGCGCUCUGUGGACCAUUACGACACGGACACCAACCGCCCUGUCUAUCGCACGUUCGCCACACACAAAGAGCAGACGACCGACCUUUCAUGUGUGUGUGUAUGGCGCGUGUGGCGCGUGUCCAUUGCAUUGCAGGUUGCGUGCAGUGGUGUCGCAGCGUUUCGACGGCCCAACAGGAGGAGACGGCACUGUCGGCCAGAUCACCAUCACACCCGCCACAGCUGACCGACACGCAGCACAAGACGCCACCACCACCCCAAUGCACAUUGAGGUAGUGAUUGCGGGCCUCAACAGCACGGCCGCCGGAGCUCGUGUCACUGGUGUGCACCUGAUGGGACAAGACAGCAGGUUUGAUGCGCUUGGCGAGCGGACAACAGACAGGCAGCACAGUGCAGAAGAGCUAGGGGGGUGGUGGGAAUGGGACGCCGGGAGGGGCGUGCUGACCAUUGUCAGUCCGCCUGUCAGUUUUCGGAUGCGCAAGGUGUUCCGUGUGCUGGGGGAUGAUGGUGUGGGCGGUGGGUGAGGGGGGGAGGGAUUGUGUGUGGGGGUGUAGAGCAUGUGAUGUGUGUCGGACGGACUCUUUGGUUUGUCCGUCUAAGUACCUUAAGGCCUUAAGGCCUUCCAUG